UGCUUAGAGGUGGCUCGAACCGAAAAGUACUUCUUGUAUGUGAGAUCAAGUUUGCAGGUUCAGUGGAAGCGUCACGAUGCCAGUUAUUGGCAGCUAUGUAUAGAUGUCGUAGCGACUAUGGUGUGAUGCCCUUAGGUUUGAAUUAUUAUGGCCAUACUAUAGAAGUCCUAUUUUGUAAGAAUUCUGUUUGUGAUGUCCACCAUUUUUAUGUGACAGACUUCUCAUCUGUAUUAAAAAUGUUUGAGUACCUCAAUAGAAAUAUUGAAGCUUUAGAAAAGGAAUCGAAUUCCAUUUUGCCCAUUCAAGAACCUUUGUCAUUUGCAAGUGAAACUGAGGUGACUAUGACACAACAAACUCGUUUGCUAAAGCUAGAAACUGAUGUUUUAGAAUUGAAGUCUGGAGUUGCAAAAUUGAGUUCUGAUGUAUCUGAAAUAAUGCAUUCAUUGAAGAAGAUUACUGAAAGACUUAAAAUUGGAUAAUAACAUUUCUGUGGCUUACUUUCAAUUUUAAAAUAAUG